AUGACUGCAAAAAUUUAUUCUUUAAAUCCUAUUGAAGACUUUAUUCCCAUCACAUUGACUGGUCAUAGAGAUUAUGUUAUUGGUGCAUAUUUUUCUGAAAAUCAGGAUUUGAAAAGAUGGAUGAUCUCAUCACGUCAUUAUUUCAAUCAAUCCAAUACAAAAGUCGCAUGUUCUGCUUAUCAUAAAAAAUCAAGUUUAUUGGUUGUUGGGUUUUUAUCAGGAAUUUUUGGAAUUUGGGAAAUGCCGGAUUUUAACAAUAUUCAUACACUAAGCAUCUCUCAAAAAAAAAUAAAUUCCAUUGCAAUCAAUCCAACCUGUGAAUGGUUGGCAUUUGGAUCUUCGAAAAUGGGCCAACUUUUAGUAUGGGAAUGGCAAUCUGAGUCAUAUGUGUUAAAACAACAAGGACAUUUCUAUGAUAUGAAUACAUUAUCAUACUCGUCCGAUGGACAAAAUAUAGUAACUGGCGGUGAUGAUGGUAAAGUUAAAGUGUGGAAUACAACAUCAGGAUUUUGUUAUGUGACAUUUUCUGAUCAUACUUCUGGAGUAAGCGUAGUUGAAUUUGCAAAAAAUGGUCAAAUUUUGUUUUCAGCAUCAUUGGAUGGGACGGUUCGAGCGUAUGAUUUGAUUCGAUAUAGGAAUUUUAGAACUUUUACCACACCAUCUCCUGUUCAAUUUACUGCAUUGACAGUUGAUCCAAGCGGAGAAAUUGUUUGUGCAGGAUCUAUGGAUUCGUUUGAAAUUUUUGUAUGGUCAGUUCAAACUGGUAAAUUGUUGGAUAUUUUAGCAGGUCAUGAAGGACCUAUAAGUAGUUUGACAUUCAAUCCAUCUGGUGUAACAUUAGCCUCUGGUUCGUGGGAUGCCAGUGUAAAGGUCUGGGAUGUGUUUGGACGUAGUAAAAAUGUGGAAACUUUUAAAAAUAGUUCAGAUGUGUUAGCAAUAGCAUUUAGUCCAGACGGGAAACAAUUGGCAGUUUCUACAUUGGAUGGACAGAUUACUUUCUGGGAUGUAGAGAAUGGAAAUCCAACUGGAACUAUAGAAGGUCGUAAGGAUAUUUCGGGGGGUAGAAAAGCUGAAGAUCGGGUUACAGCAGCAAACUCUUCUUCAGGGAAAUCUUUUAAUAGUAUGUGUUAUACAGCAGAUGGAUCAUGCAUUAUUGCAGGUGGAAAUAGUAAAUAUAUUUGUUUAUACGAUGUAAAAGGCCAACUGUUAUUACGAAAAUUUCAGAUUUCACACAAUUUAUCAUUAGAUGGUAUACAAGAAUUUCUUAACAGCAAAAAUAUGACAGAGGCAGGACCUUUAAAUUUGAUUGACGAGACAGGCAAUUUAAGUGAUUUGGAGGACAGGUUAGAUGUGAGUUUACCAGGUACCCAAAAAGGUGACUUAUCAGCUCGAAAAACUCUACCUGAGAUUCGUUCCAAAUCCAUAAAAUUUUCACCAACAGGUAGAACAUGGGCAGCAGCAACGACUGAAGGUCUACUGAUAUAUUCAUUAGAUGAAACAUUAUUGUUUGAUCCAUUUGAUCUUGAAAUAGAUAUUACACCUUUUUCAGUAUUGGAAACAUUAAAAUCAAAAGAGUAUUUGAAGGCGCUUGUGAUGGCUUUUCGAUUGAAUGAGUUGUACAUAAUUCAUCAAGUUUAUGAGAGUGUCCCACCUGAUAGCAUUGAAUUUAUUGUUAAAGAUUUAUCAGAAAAAUAUAUUGACAAAUUGAUUAAAUUUAUUGCUACUCAUAUGGAAGAAUCACCUCAUAUAGAAUUUCAUUUACGUUGGGUCACUAAAAUAUUAACUAUUCAUGGAAAAUAUUUGAGACAACAUUCCAAUGAAUACUCUAGUGUUUUAAGACUAUUGCAAAAAUCAGUUGGAACAUUUCAAGAAGAUUUAGCAAAAGUGUAA